GUUCCUUCCCUUUCCCUUCCCGCGGCGGCAGCGGGAUGUGGUGGCCGGCGCUGGGCGCCGCGCUGGCGCUGUACGCGCUGCUCCGGUACCGGCAGCGCCGAGCCCCGCCGCCGGCCCUCGCCCGGCCCUCGCUGCGCGGCCGCACCGCCAUCGUUACCGGGGGAAGCGGCGGCAUCGGCGCGGCCACGGCGCUGGAGCUGGCCCGCUGCGGGGCACGGGUCGUGCUGGCGACCCGCAGCGCCCCGCGCGGGGAGGCCGCCGCCCGCCGCAUCCGCACGGAGACUGGGAAUCCAGAUGUGCGGUUCAUGCAUCUGGACCUGGCCAGCCUGCGCUCGGUGCGAGCCUUUGCCAGCGCCUUCCUGCGUGAAGAACCCCACCUGCACCUCCUCAUCAACAACGCCGGGGUGAGCGCCGGGGGCACGACGGAGGACGGCUUCAGCCUCGCCUUCCAAGUGAACCACCUCGGGCACUUCCUGCUGACGGAGCUGCUGCUGGAGCGGCUGCGGAGCUGCGCGCCCAGCCGCGUGGUCAUCGUGGCCUCCAGCGCCCACCGCGCCGCCCGCCUGCGCCUCGACACCCUGGGGAGCCCAUCCCCGGGGCCUCUGGGCGCCUUCCAGGACUACUGCGACAGCAAGCUGGCCAACGUGCUGCACGCCCGCGGGCUGGCCGCGCGCCUGCGGGGCACCGGCGUCACGUGCUAUGCCGCGCACCCAGGGUUCGUGGACACGGAGCUGUUCCGGCACGCUCCGCUGUGGCUGAAGCCGCUGCUGGUGCCGGUGGCCCGGCUCUUCUUCCGCAACGCGGCCGAAGGGGCGCGGACGCCGCUGCACUGCGCCCUUCAGCGCGGCCUCGAGCCCUUCAGCGGCUGCUACUUCAGCGACUGCGCCCCGCGGGCCCCGUGCCCGCCCGGCCGGGACGAGCGGCUGGCGCGGGCGCUGUGCGAGGCCAGCGAGCGCCUGCUCCGGCGGCGCGGGGACGGGGACGGGGACGCGGGCGCGGGCGCGGCGGCGCGGCGGCAGUAAACGUGGCCGUGGUGAGCGGAGCUGGCUCCGGGUGGUGCCCUGCGGUGGCGUGGUCGUGCCGCGGUGGUCACGCCGUGCGCUGCACACGCUGGAGUGCACUCGCCUUGCACAACCCGCAGUGCCUUGCACACCUGUAAUCACGCUGUGGUGCGCGCACCACGCCAUACACACGUGUAAUCGUGCUGCGGUGUGCGUGCAUGGCUUGCACAAGUAUAAUCAUGCUGCAGUGUGCACAC